AUGAGUAUAGUAGCAAGGUAUAUUUACAGAGACCAAAAUCUGGAUGUUAUUCGUGCAAUAUUUGCAAGAGGAAUUGAUCUGAAUUUUCAAUACGAUUUUGGUUUGACACUCUUUCACGAUGUAGUGAAUAUUCCCGAGGACAAUAUUGCGAUAAUACAAGAAUUUAUACGUGCUGGUGCUGAUGUAAAUAUUAGCACAUUCCUGGAUUUUGCACCUUUGCAUUUUGCUGUGAUUCACCGAAAACGAAGAGUUAUGGACGCAUUGAUUCAAUCAAGAGCCUUUGUGAAUGCCCAGACAUUUCGCGGGACCACAUCUUUGCAUUUUGCUGUCACGAAAUCGAUAUUUUUCUUUCCGACGAUUGAAAAUAUAACUUUGCCGGAUAUCUGGAUCAUUAAUAAACUUUUAAGCCAUGAGGACAUUGACUGCAAUCUUGUGGAUUCAAAUGGUGACUCGUCUUUGAUGGUAGCUGUCAAGGACCGGCAGACGGAGGCCGUGGUGAAGUUGCUGCACCAUAAAGCAGAUCCGAAUAUACCUAAUAAAGAUGGGGAAACUGCUCUACAUGUGGCAUUUGCUCAGCUGCCAAGUGACAUAGAACUUCAGCUCCUGAUCGCCGGAGCCAAUAUCUAUUCUGUGGAUAAAAUGGGACAAACGCCAAUCGAUAUUCUUAUAAAUUAUGGCCUGGAUUUUCGAUCGAAUGAAUGGAAUAUUUUAUUGAGUAAAAGAUCCAUUGUGCUGAAAGAUAUACUAGAUAAAUUUCAUAUGUAUACCUGCUUUGAAACUUUCUGCGACUUAAAUCACAUCAGCAGAUUACUGGAUGAAGGAAUGGAUCCCAAUCACCAGUUUUACGGUGGUACAACGCUAUUCCAUCUGGAAUGUAUGAUUCCCGCUCCCAACAUUGAAGUGGUUAGAUGGUUCAUUCAAGCCGGUGCUGAUAUAAAUUUGGAAAAUCACAUGGGUUAUACACCUUUACAUUUCGCAGUAAUUCAACGGAAACGUUUAGUUGUCAAAGAAUUGAUUGAGCAUGGUGCUUUAAUCAAUGCUCAGAAUUAUCUUGGAAUGUCAGCCCUGCAUUUCGCAGUCUCCGAUUACACAUGGACUGGAACGUCAAUUCAAGAUCAUAAACAUCUUGAUAUGUGGAUUGUCAAAGAACUAUUAAAGCAUGAAUAUAUAGAUCGCGAUCUAUUAAAUUCAAAUGGAGACACCCCUCUUAUGCUUUCCGUCAAAAAGUAUCAUAUAGAAUUGGUCGAGCAGUUGUUGCGAUCUAAAGCAAAUCCAAAUAUAUGCAAUAAGGAUUUCCAAACGCCUUUGCAUGUGGCAUUUUCCCAUCCUCCAAGUUGUAUUGUGAUUGAACUUCUGAUCCGGGGUGCUAACAUUUAUGCAGUGGAUAGAAAUGGAAACACUCCUUUAGAUAUUCUAAUGAAUACCUUUUAUGACGAGAAUAAGGAAUGGGUUUGCGAAUUAUUUGCUAGAGAAAUGAAUACCAAGCACCAGUUUUACGGUGGUACAACGCCGUUCCGUUGGGCAUGUAUGAGUCCCGCUCACAACAUUGAAGUGGUUAGAUGCAUGAUUCAAGCCGGUGCUGAUAUAAAUUUGGCAAAUCACUUAGGUUAUGCUCCUUUACAUUUCACAGAAUUUAUACACGCUGGUGCUGAUGUAAAUAUUAGCACAUUCCUGGAUUUUGCACCUUUGCAUUUUGCUGUCAUUCACCGAAAACGAAGAGUUAUGGACGCAUUGAUUCAAUCAAGAGCCUUUGUGAAUGCCCAGACAUUUCUCGGGACCACAUCUUUGCAUAUUGCUGUCACGAAAUCGAUAUUUUUCUUUCCGACGAUUGAAAAUAUAACUUUGCCGGAUAUCUGGAUCAUUAAUAAACUUUUAAGCCAUGAGGACAUUGACUGCAAUCUUGUGGAUUCAAAUGGUGACUCGUCUUUGAUGGUAGCUGUCAAGGACCAGCAGACGGAGGCCGUGGUGAAGUUGCUGCACCAUAAAGCAGAUCCGAAUAUACCUAAUAAAGAUGGGGUAACUCCUCUACAUGUGGCAUUUGCUCAGCUGCCAAGUGACAUAGAACUUCAGCUCCUGCUCGCCGGAGCCAAUAUCUAUUCUGUGGAUAAAAUGGGACAAACGCCAAUGGAUAUUCUUAUAAAUUAUGGCCUGGAUUUUCGAUCGAAUGAAUGGGCAAAGGAAUCGCCAGAUGUUUCUGAAGUUGAAACUGUGCAAGAAUGA